GACACUGAUGUCAAAUUUCCGACAUAUGUCUAAUUUUGCUGAAAAAAACUAAUAUUUUGAAUCUAAAAACAAAUUAAAGUGAUUAAAAGUAUGGAAAAAUUAAACAUUAUCACUACAACAAGCGAUCCCAAUGAAAUAGAAGAUUUAGAUUUAAUAGUGACAAACACUUUUGAAACUGAAGAUUUUGAUGCUACUGAAGAAUUUCUUGCAAAAUGUACUUCUAUACAUGCAUGUCAAGUUUGUGAUGAAGUUUUUAGAAGGAAAAAAGAUUUGAUGUUACAUAUGAAUGAAAGUUAUGAUUGUAGAACGAAAAAAAUUUUUAGGUGUGUUGAAUGCCAACAGAUGUUCCCCACUGUAGGAGAAUUCCAAUUACAUCUAGUAUCUCAUUUUCAGGAUGAGCAAUCUAGCAAUAAGAAUGAUGGAGAGACUUCUGAUAUUGUUUGUGAGUUAUGUGGAAAAGAUUUUACUGACGCUGUGGAAAGAAAAAAACACCUUGAAUCCCAUUUCGAGAAAAAUGGUUCAAUACUCUGUCCAACUUGUGGAAAAUGUUUAUGUUCUAAAGAGAUGUAUAUGAGACACAGUCUUGUACAUAGUUACCAGAGUGGUAAAAUGCAAAAAAUGAAAAAACAGAAACAGUUUCCUUGCAAAAUAUGUAACAAAGGAUUUAGCACUGCUUCAACUUUAAGAGAUCAUCUUUAUUUGCAUACAGGAGAGAAAACUUUUGAAUGUAGUUGUUGUAAAAAAGUAUUUGCAACCAAAAGCUCUUUAAGAUGCCAUUUAAAAUUGCAGUUUAAACCUUAUACAGCAGUUAAUAUAAAAUUGGAAGAUGAAAUUGAUAAAAAAGUUAUGGAAAAAGAUUGUUCUGUUAAAAAAGAAAAAAAUCAAGACAUCAACAUUGAAAGUACAUUCAAGUCCAAGGAUGAAAUAAAUAAUCAAGUCAAAAUUGAAAGAGCUAAUAUUUCUUAGUAAAUUUCCAAUUAUUAAAAAUAUGUCUUAUACCAAUUUAAUCUGGAAUAAAUUGUUUUUACAACUUUGAGUUAAAUGAAACACACCC